AAAUAAUUUUUUUUUAAAUUAAAUAUAAAAAAUUUAGAAAUCAAAAAAAUGCGCAUAAAAUCAAUUCCUAGAAGAGUUAAUCCAAAUAGAAAUGAAAAAUUUUUUAUUACAAAUAAUAGUGAUAAGUGUAUGGAAAUAAUUGUAAAUAAAAAAAAUGAAAAUUUCUUCAAUUUGAAAAAUUCAACUGGUUUGGAUUUAUCCACUAAGAAAAAGGUAUUCAAUAAUGAAGAAAUGAUAUUAAAAACAAAUACUGAUGUAACAUUAACAAUUUUGCCAAAAUUAUUAAUUAAUGGCACUAAAUCUUUUCAAGAAUAUAAUAACAAUAAUAAUUUUAAUGUGACAUUAAAUAAUGAGGAAAAAAUGAAGGGAUCAUUUUUAUAUCAAAUAAUGACAGAUCCUAAAUUUAUAGAAAAUUUGCAGAAAAAUAAAAAAAAGAAAAAAUCCACAUGUCAAUUUUGUAAAAAAGAAUUUGAAACCGAGGCUGAAAUGAGAGAUCAUUUAAAUGUUCGAUUAGACGAAUCAAAUAGGGUGGCUUGUUGUGCUUGUGAAAAAUCAUUUGCACAAAAACGUUAUUUACGUUAUCAUCAACGAUGUCAUUCGGAUCGAAAUAAAUAUGUUUGUGGUAUUUGCCUUAAGAAAUAUUCGCGAAUGGAUAAUUUAACAAGACACAAUAUUUUCCAUACAAAUCCAGACAAAUUUCCAUGUACAAUGUGUGAUCGUGCUUUUGCAAGAAAGGAUUUACUCAACAAACAUCAAAAAUCACAUGAGAACAAAUAUAAAUGGUAUUGCGACACGUGUCAUAAAUAUUUUAAAGGUCCUGUUACUCUUGACAAUCAUAUGAAAAGUUUUCACGCACCCGAUGUCAAUUAUAAUAACAAUAAUAAUAAUAAUACAUCCCAAGCCACGUGUUCCUUUAGCAAUGCUUAAAAAAAAAAAUUUAUUUUUAUAAAAAAAAUUAUUAUUGUACAAAAAUUAUUUAGAAUAUUAUUGUAUUUAAGAUAUUAAUAAUAAAUAAAGUUGAUAAUAUUAUUUUUCUUAAUUAAUAGAAAAUGAAAAAUAAAAUUUUAUGUUUUACAAAU